AACUCAGCUGUCAAGGGUACUGUCAAAGCACGCUGAAAUUUCUAUUACGUGAUAGUUGUGCAUUGUUGCGACAAAACAAUAUUCGCCGAUUUUUCCCCUAAAUACCGGUGCCCAACUAAAGUGGUAAUCAGUUGAAUCGAAUCUUUUUAAAGUCCCACACAAAACAAAAAUGCCAGCAGUCCCGGGAGGUGUUUACAACCAGAACCAGCAGCCGAGCUGUUUUGACCGAAUGAAGAUGGGAUUCACGAUUGGAUUCUGUGUGGGAAUGGCAAGCGGUGCAUUGUUUGGAGGCUUUUCUGCUUUGAGAUAUGGAUUGCGCGGCCGGGAGCUAAUCAACAACGUUGGUAAAGUAAUGGUACAGGGAGGCGGUACUUUCGGCACUUUUAUGGCAAUUGGAACAGGCAUUCGAUGCUAAACCGAAACAUCCGAGAUGUGAUGUGGUUAAUAGCAUAAAAACUUUUACACUUAAGAAUUGUUAUGAAUAAAUUAGCGAUACCCUACACCUAAA